AAGCCUCCCAUUACGGAGUACGAGAGGGUCCAUGAAGGUCCCCGCGACUCCUGGACUGGAGUAAACGGCUCUUGGAAUGGGGCGAAGUCCGAGCUACCGUGGGCGUUGGUUCGUGCGGGGAAGUGGGAAUCGCUAGGUUCGUCCGGACCCGCCGCCCCAUGGCUCAGGCGUCUCGCUCUGGUAGCCUGCCUCCACUUGUUAUCGUGUCCCCGCUGAGGGCGCAACCCGGGGGCACUGGGGAGGAGCAGUGGGAGAGAAGGCGUACAGGCGCUCUUCGCGGGGAGGUUCACAGUUGGCUGGGCGGAACUUCUGGAAGGACGCCGUGGUGGCCGACGCCGGCGGGUGUGAGCGAGGAUUAUGAGGCUGAUGCUGCGGGCUGGAGGCGAGGGCCCGCAGGUGGCGGCCCGAUCCCUCCCGCGCUGCAGCGUCUCCGGGCCCUGUUGCUGCGGCUGCUUCGCGAGCGGGAGCAGCUCCUCCAGGCCCGAGACUGCGCCUGCCACCUACAGGCGGCUGUGCGCCUCAUGAAGACCUUGAGUCCUGGCUCGCCAUCCGGCGGCCCUAGCCCCUUGCCCCAGUGGUGCCGCGACCUGCAGCUGCACCCUUCCCAAGGGGCAGUCCUGCAAAUCGGCCUUGGGGAGACUCUCGAGCCGCUGCUGCUAGCGCGCCCCAUCGGACUAGCCGCCCAGUGCCUGGAGGCUGUCAUCGAGAUGCAGCUUCGCGCUCUCGGCCAGGAGCCCGCCAGCCCAGGCCUGUCAUCCCAACUUGCCGAACUUCUCCUGGCACUUCCCGCCUAUCACACGCUACAGGGAAAAACCUUGAGCCACGUCCCGGGGGCUGCACGUCCUUUCCCCACGUCCCGUGUGCUCCGCCUCUUGACGGGGGAGCGGGGUUGCCAGGUGGCAAGUCGGCUGGACGAGGCGCUCCGGGGAUCGGGAUUGAGGGACCAGCUCCGCAGGCAGUGCCAUGAGGAGCGGGAUCUGCUACCAGGGCUGCUGGGCCUGGUGGGGGGCGUGGCGGAUUCAGCCAGCUGUGAACUACGGCUUGGAGGGGCUGGAGCCUUGUGGAGCCAAUAUUGGACCCUGCUGUGGGCAGCCUGUGCUCAGAGUCUGCACCUAAAUCUGGGACCCUGGAGGGACCUCAGGGCAACAGCGCAACAGCUGAGUCAGGCACUAGGUCAGGCAUCCCUGCCUCAGGAGUGUGAGAGGGAGCUGGCUUCCUUGUGUCACAGCUUACUUCAUCAGUCGCUUAUCUGGAGCUGGGACCAAGGUUUCUGCCAGGCCUUGCGAUCAGCUCUUGGGGGUCAGAGCAGCCUUUCCACAUCGUCUCACACUGCUGAACUUUUGCAGCAGCUCUUUCCUCCUCUCUUGGAUGCUCUUCAAGAGCCCAGGUUACGAGUGAUUUUCUGCCAGCCUGCAGAUCCUGCGCCUGUCGCCCUAGGUCUCUGUACCCUGCAGACCACCUUGCUUUGGUUCCUGGGCAGAGCUCAGCAGUACUUGGCAGCAUGGGACCCAGCUUCCUUCCUGCUCCUGAUCCAAAAGGAUUUACCUCCUCUAUUGCAUGAGGCAGAAGCUUUGUCUAACCUGGCCUCAGAGGAAAGCUUAGCUCUGGAAGUGGAGCAGCAGCUGGGCCUGGAGAUCCAGAAGCUGACUGCACAGAUCCAGCUCCUGCCUGAAGAGUCACUACGUCUCUUUUCUCAAGAAUGUCAUAAACAAGCCAUGCAAGGUUUCAAGCUCUACAUGCCACGGGGUCGGUACUGGCGGCUUCAUCUCUGUCCUGAACUUCCCAGUGCUCCUAGUGAAUAUGCUGGUUUAGUGGUCCGCACCGUACUGGAGCCUGUGUUACAAGGAUUGCAAGGGUUGCCACCCCAAGCCCAGGCCCCUGCCCUUGGUCAGGCACUGACAGCCAUCGUGGGUGCCUGGCUGAACCACAUUCUUACCCAUGGGAUUCGGUUCAGCCUGCAGGGAGCACUGCAGCUCAGGCAAGACUUUGGAGUGGUCAGGGAGUUGCUGGAAGAGGAGCAGUGGAACCUGUCCCCUGAUCUCCGCCAGGCGCUGCUUAUGCUCAGCAUCUUCCAGCAGCUGGAUGGAGCCCUGCUGUGUCUGUUGCAGCAGCCCCUGCGCAAGUCUCAAGUCCGCAGGAGGCCCCCCUGUUGCUGUGCUUGUCAGGAGGUCCAGACCACGGAAUUGCCCAGCAGGUGCCUCAAUAGCCUGGAGAGCUUGGAGCCCCCUCUCCAGCCUGGAACAUCUCCAGCCCAGAUAGCUCAGCUGCAAAGCACACUAGGGGGAGGGGGACCCAGCCUGGAGGGCUACCUAGUGGGAAAUCAGCAGGCCUGGCUUGCCCUCAGGCAACACCAGCGACCCCGUUGGCACCUGCCAUUUUUUUCCUGCCUGCGAACUAGUUCUGAAUCCUCCUAAGCCUGGGACCAGGAGCCAGAAAGUUAAGAGCGCCCCAUCUCUAGCUGGAAAAAUCCAGACAUUUGGAAUUACAUAUUAAGGAAGCCUAGAACUGGAAGCUUGGAGGAAAGCAUACUGGAGAAUAAGCUACAAAGAGCCUGGGCUUAAGUAUCCAAGAUUAGGGGCUGGGCACAGUGGCUCACACCUGUAAUCCCAGCACUUUGGGAGGCCAAGGCAGGCGGAUCAUGAGGUCAGGAGAUCAAGACCAUCCUGGCUAACACAGUGAAACCCAGUCUCCACUAAAAAUACAAAAAAGUAGCCGGGCGCAGUGGUGGGCGCCUGUAGUCCCAGCUACUCAGGAGGCCGAGGCAGGAGAAUGACGUGAACCUGGGAGAUGGAGCUUGCAGUGAGCCGAGACUGAACCACUGCACUCCAGCCUGGGUGACAGCGAGAGACUCUGUCUCAAAAAAAAGAAAAAAAAGAAUCCAAGAUUAGGCAGGGCAUGGUGGCUCAUGCCUGUAAUCCCAGCACUUUGGGAGGCUGAGGCGGGUGGAUCACCUGAGGCCAGGAAUUCGAGACCAGCCUGACCAACGUGGAGAAACCCCGUCUUUACUGAAAAUACAAAAUUAUCCAGGCGUGGUGGCGCAUGCCUGUAAUCCCAGCUACUCAGGAGGCUGAGGCAGGAGAAUCGCUUGAACCUGGGAGGCAGAGGUUGCAGUGAGCUGAGAUUGUGCCAUUGCACUCCAGCCGGGGCAACAAGGGUGAAACUCUGUCUCCAAAAAAAAAAAAAAAAAAAAAAAACAAGAUCAUUCCAGCACCUGAAAUCCAGAGUAAAGAGCAAGACCACAGCCUGGAACCUGAAGGUCAGCACCCUUGGGAGGUUCAGGCCUAGUUCUCCAUCAUUGAAGACAUCUCAGGGAUAAAGAGUUGAGUGCUCGGCCGCACGCAGUGGCUCACGCCUGUAAUCCCAGCACUUUGGGAGGCCGAUCACUAGGUCCGAUCAAGACCAUCCUGGCUAACGCGGUGAAGCCCUGCCUCUACUAAAAAUACAAAAAAUUAGCGGGGCGUGGUGGCACGUGCCUGUAGUCCCAGCUACUCAGGAGGCUGAGGCAGAAGAAUUGCUUGAAUCCUGGAGGCAGAGAUUGCAGUGAGCCGAGAUCUCGCCAUUGCAUUCCAGCCUGGGCAACAAGAGCGAAACUUUGUCUCAAAAAAAGGAAAAAGAAAAAGAAAACAGGUUAGAAUGCACGUCAACUUAAGUCCUCAGAGCCAGGCUAAUUCAUGGGGAACCACAGAGGUGUAAUAGGCAUUUCUACACCUGGAUCAGCCCCAAGGACUGUAAUUACCCUGUACUGCCCUUCCUAUUACUAUUUUCAGUCAUUUACGAAUAUUAGGCUGUAGUACUUUCACGCUGAAGCUUUGGCUAUUCAGAGCUCACUGUGUUUAAUCUUCAGUUACCUGAAUGGUGUUUACCGUCUGGUGUGGAUCAUCCUGGCUUGUGUUAGUUCUCUCUUUGGAAGGAGCCAGGACUUCAGAUCGAGUUAGCCUAGAUCUGGCCCAGCAGGGUACAGAAGGAGAAAAGCUGCAGAAAACAGGCGUAUAUUCGUGCCAAAAGGUUUUUGGCGCCAUUUAUUUAUGGCUUUCACCAUCGUAUGAGAGGACUAUUAAUGAUAGGUUGUAUUUGCUGACCGCCUACUUUGGGCUCCCCCGUGCAUUGUGCCGAAACCA